GGGAAAACACCCAAACACGUAGGACAGCUUGGUACAUCAACUUCACGCGUGUCCUGGACCAUCGACCCUCCUAAGUCCCGAAUUCCCUUUUUGCUCAUAAUUCCUCGCUGCAGAGUAAGCCACCGUCAAUAAUUGCAACGUCGAUAUAUGUAAACAAGAUGUCGAUCAAAGCAAAGCACGAGUCCAGAGCAAUAUCAUCCUCUUCAUCCCUAGCGGAUCCUCCACAUCAAGAGGGCACGCGGAGCUCCACCGAUACCUCGACAUCACCAUUGCCUGGUGCCUUUGAGCAAGCGACAGACAACGACGAAGCACCAGAAGCCCCCAUCCACCUCAAGAACAUGUCUUUCCAGGACCGCUUCAGCCUUCUUACCGGUCCACUAAUCAACAUUGUCUCAUUUCCUCCGUCUCCUAUCCAUACACCUACCGUCCUCGCUGUUCCACGCGCUCUGGUCCUCCGCUUCUCACCCCUCUGCGCGUCCAUCCUCGCAGCCUCGCCAUCCUCCACCAGCAUCACGCUCCGAAACAUCACAAUCCCAUCGAGCGCGCUAAGGGCGAUCCUAUCCUGGCUACACCACACAUGCACCACACGUAUCGCGCACCGCAUUCCAAUCCCCGAGUCUCGCCUCACCCUCAUUGAACACUACGCCGCCGCCGCCGCACUCGACAUCCCGGAGGCAGUGCGUGUGCUGUAUAAGCCGCUUGCCGAAUACAUCAACGCCAAGAAGGAGUGUGUCGGUGCCGAUUUCAUUGAUCGCGUCGGGGCGUGUGUGCAGCGUGGGGACAAGUUGUUGCGGCAUAUGGUGUCAAAUCUGGCGUAUGUGCGCGUGAGAGGUGGCGUGAUGGGCGGUAACGGGGAGGAUUGGGCAGUGUUCUUAGCGCAGAGGAGGAGGUUGGCGGCGUUGUUGGAGGAGGCCGAGGGAGUUAUUAGAGGAAAGGUGGAGGAGAUGGGAAGGGAGAAAAGGGCACGGCUCAGGAGAGAGGUGGAGGCGAAAGGGGACGAGGGGAAGGGCGGAGAGGGAGGAGGGUAUCAAGACGGUGGUGAGAGGGAUGGAAAGACAUACUGGACAGACGAGCAUGGAGAUAGAGAGAAGAGAGCUGCAGAGAGAAGGGCGAGGGACCAGGACCUGGUGGAGAACCGUGGUGGAUACGAACGUGUGGUUACGGAUCGAGACCUGAGGAUCUUGGGGUUCUCAACACGUUAG